GGAAAAUAUUUAUCCCCAAGCAAAAGCCCAUACAGUCUUAUACAGAAGAAAAAUUCUCUCUGGACCCGGAACUGGAGGAAGCCUUGACCAGUGCCACAGACACAGAAUUAGGUGACCUUGCAGCUAUACUGGGAAUGUCCAACUUGAUAACGAACAAUCAGUUCUGUGAUGUAGUAGGAAGCAGUAACGGGAUUGACAAAGACAGCUUCUCCAAUAUAGUGAAAGGUGAAAAGAUGUUGCCUGUUUUUGAUGAACCACCAAAUCCCACAAAUGUGGAGGAGACACUGCAAAGGAUUAAAGAUAAUGAUUCCCGUCUUGUUGAAGUUAAUCUAAAUAACAUUAAGAACAUUCCAAUUCCAACGCUGAAAGAAUUUGCAAAAGCCUUAGAAACCAACACGCAUGUGAAGAAGUUCAGCCUUGCAGCCACCCGAAGCAAUGAUCCUGUUGCUGUGGCUCUUGCAGGUAUGCUGAGAGUAAACACAAAAUUGAAAAGUUUAAAUGUAGAAUCAAACUUCAUCACUGGAGUUGGAAUUUUGGCACUGGUCGAUGCGCUGAAGGACAAUGAAACACUGACAGAGAUCAAAAUUGAUAAUCAGAGGCAGCAGCUGGGCACAGUUGCAGAAGUAGAAAUUGCCAAGAUGCUUGAAGAAAACACCAAGAUCAUCAAAUUUGGAUACCAUUUCACACAACAGGGACCUCGAGCCAGGGCAGCUGCAGCGAUCACGAAAAACAAUGAUUUGGUUCGCAAGAGAAGGGUUGAAGGAGACAACUAGUAGAUCCUGUCAGAACGUCGUGGAGAUUCCGAGGGUCGUCAAGGCACGCUCAUCACCGUGGGCUUUGGCAGUCUUGGACUGCAUUUACCUGGGUUAGAAGGGAAAAGACUGGAAACCCCAUUCCUUUUAAAGCAAAGCUAUAUUAAUAAUCUGCUGGUAUGUGUCAGGUUUUCACACUGAGACACAGUAACUACACCAGUCUCUGUACCAUAGUUUUAAAUUUUUUAAGGACUUUUUUUUUUUUUGUAUUUCAAGACUUCGGCUGUGCUUUCUACUAAAACUAUAAUUGCCAAUCAGUGGUGUAAUUGUCUGUAGUCAGAGAAUGGGACGUUCAAGUUUGUUGGGCAAAUAGCGACCCAAUUGAAAUGACAGAAAAUCAGGGGGUGCUUAUUUACAUGGAGGGGUGUGUAUAUUCUUGAAAACAAUGCAUUAGUGAUAAGGGAUUCUUCACACAACAGUUGGACUCGUUUAGAGCUGUUCAGCCUUGUUCAUGUGCACUGAAGAGAAAUCUUUCACA